UGAAGUUUUAUUUGGUCCUUAUAGAAAUUGAAAAUGUUUAACAUCUUCUACAUAGGAUUUUUACUGCAGAUCUUACUCUGUGUGACUUUCUCCUCAGGCUCCUGUGACCAGAAAAUCAUCACAGCUGAGUCUGGACAGAACAUCACUCUGACAUGUAGAGCUCCAAACAACAAUUACGUAGUAGAGUGGAGCAGAGCUGACCUGAAUGAGGGAUAUGUCUUUUUGUAUCGGGAUGAUCAGUUUGAUCCAGAAGACCAGCAUCCAUCGUUUAAGAACCGGGUGGAUCUGCAGGACAGACAGAUGAAGGAUGGAGACAUGUCUUUGAUUCUGAAGGAUGUGACGAUUAACGACACAGGAAAAUACGAGUGUCGUGUCUUCAAGAGAGGAACAAAGCGCAGGAACAGAGCCCUUUUGAAGACUGACCCCAUCAGCAUCAUUAACUUGAAAAUUGUUGAUCCUCCAGACUCACAAGAACGUGCUUCAGUCUGCACAAACACAAAGAAAUCUGACCACAUGUAAAAGUACUUGCAUCCAAACUAGAAUAAACACUGAUGUGGCGUGAUUGAGGCACAGUGGUAGGUGUUAUGAGCCAUCUUUAUUGAACACGUACAUCACCCCACAAUCCACAACUCCCCUCCAAACCCUGCUUCCCUGUGGCACUGCAGACCAUGCCCCACCACAACUGAUUAUAACAGAAAAACAUCACAGCUGAGCCCAGAAAGAAGAUCAUUCUGCCAUGUCUUGUUCCAAAUAACAACAAGAACAGAGUUAUACAGUGGAGAAGAGCUGAUCUGGGAGAUGAAUAUGUCUUUUUGCAUAGAGAUGGACAUUUUGAGCCAUUCAAACAACAUCCAUCUUUCAGGAAACGGGCAGAUCUGCUUGAAAAAGAGAUGAAGGAUGGAGAGGUGUCAUUGAUUCUAAAGCAUGUAAUGAUUAAUGACACUGGAAAAUACGAGUGUUGCGUCUUCAUGAAAGAAACACACUCAUGGAAAACCAUCAGCAUCAUCUAUCUGAGCGUUUAUCUUCCAGUUGAGAGACGAGAUAGACUGGUCUCUGUUCUGAUAGUUUUGAUAGUUUUGAUAGUUUUGAUAGUUUUGAUAGCUGUGAUAGCUGUGAUUGUUUGUUAGGGCUUUAUCUAUUACUUAAGUUCAGUUUUCAGUUUUGAUACUGAACUAGGUUUAGUUU